UUAUUGUCUGAGUUGGUGCUGUGAUAUCUUUGGUCGGUGCGGAUUCGAUCCCUUUGGGCGUUAAAAUAAUGUGUUAUUGAGAGUGUUGUAAAUUGCUUUACACGUGAAGUUUUGUAUGAUAUACAGCUUAUUGACUGAUUAUUUUACAAUACAAUGCACAACCAUUAAACAUAAGUCGCAGUCGUAGCACAUUUAUUUAUACGUGCAGUUUAGUGAAGUGCUAUUAAACAUAGUUUACAAAAUGGCUUCAAGUGAUUCAGCGGGCGAUGAUUCGCUUUACCCAAUAGCAGUUCUGAUUGACGAAUUGAAGAACGAAGAUGUUCAGCUGCGAUUAAAUUCCAUCAAGAAGCUGUCAACCAUUGCACUUGCGUUAGGUGUUGAAAGAACACGAAGUGAACUGAUACCUUUCCUGACGGAAACAAUUUAUGAUGAAGAUGAAGUACUCCUGGCAUUGGCAGAACAGCUUGGAAAUUUCACCCCCCUUGUCGGCGGCCCAGAACAUGUACACUGCUUGCUGCCACCAUUGGAGAACCUGGCUACUGUAGAAGAAACAGUUGUGCGCGACAAAGCUGUUGAAUCUCUGAGGGCUAUAUCAUCGCAGCACAGCCCACAGGAUCUUGAAGCACAUUUUGUUCCCCUAGUUCAGAGAUUAGCUUCUGGUGAUUGGUUUACAUCACGGACAUCGGCUUGUGGACUAUUCAGUGUGUGCUAUCCACGAGUUUCUGCUGUAGUCAAAGCGGAUCUACGCCAUCAUUUUCGUAACUUGUGUCAAGAUGAUACUCCCAUGGUGCGACGAGCGGCUGCUAGCAAACUGGGCGAAUUUGCGAGAGUGGUUGAAGUGGAGUAUUUGAAAUGUGAUCUCAUUCCAAUGUUUGUGAACUUGGCACAAGAUGAACAGGACAGUGUCCGGCUUCUGGCUGUGGAGGCUUGUGUCAGCAUUGCCACUUUACUACAGCUGCAAGAUGAUGUGGAACAGCUUGUUAUGCCUACCCUCCGUCAGUGCGCAGGCGAUACAUCAUGGAGAGUUCGUUACAUGGUUGCUGACAAAUUCACUGAUCUUCAGAAAGCUGUGGGGCCAGAGAUCACAAAAACAGAUCUUGUGCCAGCAUUUCAGCUUUUGUUAAAGGACUCUGAAGCAGAAGUACGUGCUGCUGCUGCUCACAAGGUGCGAGAUUUUUGCCAGAAUUUGGAUCCGUACCAGCAAGAAACCAUAAUUAUGAACUCCAUCCUCCCAUAUGUGAAGGAGCUAGUUGCAGAUCCAAACCAGCAUGUAAAGUCCGCACUUGCAUCUGUAAUUAUGGGGCUUAGUCCUAUUUUGGGCAAACAUAACACAAUAGAGCAUCUCCUUCCGUUGUUCUUAUCACAACUUAAGGAUGAAUGUUCAGAAGUGAGACUCAAUAUUAUUUCAAAUUUGGAUUGUGUGAAUGAAGUUAUUGGUAUUCAGCAGCUGUCACAGUCUUUGCUACCAGCCAUUGUUGAACUAGCAGAAGAUUCUAAGUGGAGAGUGAGGCUGGCUAUUAUAGAAUAUAUGCCUUUACUGGCUGGCCAACUAGGAGUGGAAUUUUUUGAUGAGAAACUGAAUGCUUUAUGCAUGACCUGGCUUGUUGAUCAUGUUUAUGCUAUAAGAGAAGCAGCCACUUUGAAUUUAAAGAAACUUGUGGAAAGAUUUGGCCCAGAAUGGGCACAAAACACAGUCAUUCCAAAGGUUGUAGCUAUGUCACGAGACCAGAAUUAUUUACACCGUAUGACUUGCUUGUUCUGUGUAAAUGUUUUGGCUGAAGCGUGUGGUGGGGAGAUCACAGCGAAAUUAAUGUUGCCAACUGUAUUAGCAAUGGCAAAUGAUAAUGUUGCAAAUGUAAGAUUUAAUGUUGCAAAAACUUUGCAGAAGAUAAGCCCAGUAUUGGAUCCAAGUGUUAUUCAGACACAGGUUAAACCAGUACUGGAUAAGCUUCAUGUCGAUAGUGAUGUGGAUGUAAAAUAUUUUGCUUCGGAAGCUAUUGCAAGUAUUGCAGGGUGAACAUGACUGAUAUAUUAACCAGAUGCUAAGUGGUUGUAAGAUGAAUGCUCAUGUUCAGUCAGAUACCAGUCCACCAAUGGAUGAUAAAAUGUACCAUACACAUGUAGGAUCUAACCAGUGAAGAAUACAUGUAAUUACAUAAAAUUCAUAUGGUCUUCAUUUUGCAUCUCAUUAUCAUUUAUUUCUUACAGUAAAGUUUAUUUUAUAUAUAUUACUCAUUCAUUUCUCUGCUCACUCUCUGUUUCAUUUCUUAAAUAAAAGUCUGGAUCUUUUUAUGUGGCAUAUUGUAAAUGUACUGUAAUUGAGUUGUAAAGGCCCUUAAAUUGUGACAGCCAUAUUGCUCUUUAAAUAAAAUAUUGAUAAUA